UUUUAGACUUCACUAUUGGCUCUGCGUUGGUAACAUCAACAACACUCAGGUAUAAAAGAAGGUGGCAUUUGCUGGUGCGUCAGAGCUGCAGUUGAGACAGUUGUUUCCAGAUCGCUGUGACCACAAGAGCUAACCAUGGACGUGAGAGCAGUGCUUGUGAUGCUGGCUGUCCUGAUGCCCCUGCUGCAGGCUUCAGGCCAGACGGUCAACAUCAACCUCAACAUUGGGGGCAGCACAGGAGGGAGGGGCACAGCAGACAAGAGUCAGGAUGCUGACAAGGUUGCCGAGCUGCUGAAGCAGGGUGCAGAGCUAUUCCCAGACACCAGUCAGCUGGAAACACAGCUACUGGAUAUGACAGAUACUGGGCAGAACAUGCUCAUCACUCUGUUGCUGGAACAGAACAAGGUGAUGCAGGAGCGAGACAAGGAGAUGCAGCAACAGAUGCAGAAGAUGCAGGAACAGAUCAAGGAUCUCACUUUGGAUCACUGCAUCACCAAAAAGACCUGCUGCAACAAGACCCUACCAGCCUGUCCCAGUGGGUAUGAAUGGUUCUGUGAGAAGCCCGACAUGUGCUACAAGUUUUCUACCAAGACAGGCUAUAAAGACUACACCGACGCCAAGUCCGCCUGUCAGGCUGACGGUGGGCUCCUGGCUAUGCCUAAAGACAAGGCAACAAACGACUUCCUGGCCAAACAGGUUAAGGGUAGAUACACACUGUCCGACGCCUGGAUCGGUCUGACAGACCAGGUGACAAAGGGAACCUGGGUGUGGGAGGACGGAGAAAAACUGGGCACUGACUGGAACAACUGGGAUACGGGGGACCCUACCUCUAAUGAUGAUGUUAUCAACUGUGCUGUACUCGGUUCUAACAGCGUGUGGUUUCAUGUUAGCUGCGGUAGUGCUCAGAAUUACAUCUGUGAAGCGAAGGCCACUGCUGCCCCCUAGUUUUCGCUCACUGGUUAUGCACUGGAACUGCAGUGAGUAGAGGGAUUGCGGCUGAUAAAAUUUCUGAUUUUCCUUUGGUAAAUAAACAUAAUGAUUCAGGAUUCUGCCAGGAAUUUGACAUCUAAUGAGAAGUUAAUGAAGAGUUCCUGAGAGGGUAUACAUUUGUAUCUGGAUUAUAAUGCACAUCAUAAAACUAUGUAAUUGAUUAAAAAAAAGAUGUCAUUGAAUAAUAAAGAAGAAGG